CUUGGAUUUUCAAUUUUGUAAAUUACAUUGGUAUUUGGUACCUAAAGAAUUGAUACAUACGACAUACUUAGUUAAUUUUUUUUCAAAAAUAAUUUCCAAAAUAAUUUGCUAAAUCUUGGAAUUUCGAUUGAAUAGUUAGUGAGUAACAGUGAAUUCUUAUUUAUCCUGUGUAUCGUAAAUUACACAACAUUUAGCCCUCGGGCGACUGUAUACGUUAUUAAUAUGCUGAGAUUUCGGAAUAAGAUGGGAACAGAGCAUAGCAAAGAAUGGCGUUGCCUAAUGUGCUUACAUGUUCGCACUGGAACUAUGCUCCUUGGUUCAUGGCAUUUGGUACUGCAUUUACUAGCUUUAGGGUUUUUGGCUGCUGUGGUGAGGGAUCCAGCAUUAAUACAAGAUUUUGAACAGGAGCAGGAAUCUUUUGUUGACUGGCGUGAUGUAGGAUCCCCUUUACCUACUGCAUUGCCCAACAUUGAAUCACCAUCCAGUGCCUAUUCUCAAUAUGCAAUUAAAUCAAAGGAGCGGAGUUUCAUUUACCAUGAUAUAGAUGUGGGUGCCCUUGUAACUGUGUGCACUCUGGCCAUCACACUGAUGCUGAUCUAUGGAGCUGCACGAGGGAAACCUGCACACAUCCUGCCUUUCUUCUGUCUUCAGAUUUUUGAUUUUGCUAUCACAGUGUUGACGGGCAUGGGGUACCUCUGUUACGUGCGCUCCGUCGACCAGCUCGUGCGAGAGGCCCGCCGCGUGCCCUGGCGCGCCCAACUGCUGUCUCUGCCCGUGCCGGCCUUAGCCUUCGUCAUUCUGUGCUCGUUCCUCGUCGCAAUCUUCAUCAAGGCGUACUUCAUCAACAUGGUGUGGCGAUGCUAUAAGUACUUGACGAUGCGCUCGCACGCCCUGAGCGGCCUGACCCCGUUCGUGAUCUCUGGCGAGGGGUUGGCGAGCCCCUCGGGCCCCGCGCCGGCCCCGCUUUACUCGAGCCUGCUGCCCGACUACGACGAGGCCGUCAAGCAAACGCCGCCGCCCUCGUACCUCGCCGCCACCCUCAUGGCGCAGGUCGACGCGCCUCGAGCACUUGCGACCCCUCCGGCCUCCGACACCGUCGUGGUGCUGCCCCAGUCGGGGACGCACGCCCCGGUCUAGGCGCACUCUUUCGUCUUAACAAAAAUAGUAUGUAAAGCGUUCUAAAUGUGUCGUACGUUAUAGACGGUGGUUGGGAGACAACAUUUAUAUCAAAUGUAUAGAAUAUAGAUUAAUCGUAAUUCUAAAUUUUCAACGCGUUCCCGUUAUUCUCGUACAAUUGUUUUGAUAUAACUUUCUGUUAUUGUUUAUAAAGUUUAAUAUGUUUGUGACGUUUAUGUCUUAUUUUUUCUUUACUUAUUUUUGUAAUAAUAAUUCAAAAUUGUAUUACUCGUUUUACUAUGGAUUUACGUUUACUUUGUUGUAAGAUUUAUUCUCUGUUCUUUGGUUCUUUUAAAACUCAAAAUAUUUUUUAACUAAUAAGCCAAAACCCUUUUUUAUCUCAUUUCCAACAACCGACCGAUUCUUUUUAAAAAGAGAAACCUUUAUCUAUGACUAUAAUAUAUAUCAAUAUAUAAAUAUACUUGGUGCAUUAUGUUUAUAAAAGAUACGAUAUUAAAUGAAUUAACACAUUUAAUUGCUUCAUUAUAAAAAAGAUAUUUUGAAAGCCGUCUGUAAAAAGUAUGACUAUCCAAUUAAUAGUAUUAGACAAUUUAGUUGUGCAAUUUUUUUAUUAUAUUCCGACUUACAUAUGAAUUAUUAAAAGGUAAUAUCAAAUUGGUUUCCUCGAAAGGCUGAAAGAAUUUCAUUCUAUCAAAGCAUGGACGGAAAUUACGUGAAAUGUUUUUCCUCAACUUCGUUGUAUUAAUAUUGUUCCAAGCUACUGUAUCAAUUACAUAAAUAAUAUUUUUUUAAUUCUAAUCGUGAGUAGACGAGAAGUCAUGACGGCCUAUGAUCACGAGCCUCUCCAUCUAAAUCAAUAAACGCUAAAUAUAUUUAUAUUGUUUACUUUUUGGGCAACCUUUUUUAAUUGAAAGUACGAUUAUGUUUGUUUUCAUUGUAGAAUAAAUAUUUAAUGCUAAGAAAAAUUAUUAAUGUGUGUACACUAUAAGUGAUUGAAUCAAAUAAAUCACUGUUAACAAUGA